GUCUCUGACGAAUCAAGACCGUAUCAAAGCACACCACCAGCUCCCUGCGAGGCACUUUCCAAUACUUACAGUCAGCCAUUUUCUAUAGGGCAUCGCGGAUGCUUUUUCUCCCUGACCAAAGGAUAUUUGGUUUUCCCAUCAAAAUUCGUUGAUUUCGAGGCGUUAAAUCGAAACCCCACGAUAGCAGAGACCGUGUGUCGGCAGUGUGUGUGCAAUUGGCAAGUGGAAAUUGUCGGAAACGUUGAGAUUUAGACCCGAAAAGAGCAGCUAGCCCAGACGUCACACCUUUUCAGGCACCACUACGAUUGCAAUUACUAAUACUACUAAUACUGCGGCCCACAGACUAACACAACAACAAAACAAGUGCUAUAAAAGUGAAGAAGAAACGAGCCGCAAGUCCAAGUACUUAAAAAGUACUUUCGCCUCGAUUUUAACUGCACUUCCUCGCAAAAGCCGCAUUGGAUUUUUUGGAAAUAUUACGCAAGUACUAUUUCUAGUCGUACCCGUUGGAUAAUCAUGGCUCAGUAAACAUGAAUCCGCAACGAGAAUACUUUGCUAAGCGCACUCCGUGUGGAGACCAAGGCAAGACGCAAUUAGCCGCCCACUGGCAGCUGUCCAGCACCUAUACUAAUACUAUUCACCAAAACAAGUGCACCUUAAAUAACCACAACGAUGGACAGCAACAACAGCAGCAGCAGCAAGAAGCAGCCUCAAUCCUCUCAUCAUGGCAAGUCCUCGUCUGGUGAAUCGCAAAGGAAGUCCAGUGAGUUACAUACCAACAGCAACAAGCAGCGGCACAACCGUCGAAGGAAUCAGAUACCCACACCGCGCAACGAUCAGCAACAACAGCCGCAGCAGCCAGCGAAGCUACGUCCCAAUGUGGACAAACGGCCGAAGGCACGCGGGGGUGGAGGGGCAUACGAUUUCCCUGCACCCCGUGGCCAGGACGGGACUCCAGGCAGCUCCCGACUAGCCUUCUCCGCCACCGGCUACGCACGUAGCGGUGACUUUGACCGUGAACUGAACUCUGUGUAUGCACAGGGGAGCAAGAAGCAGAAUCUGAACCAUCUGCUCAACUUCCACUGCGUGCCCAGGGAACUGGAGCGAGGACAUCACCAUCAGGCCCAGCAGCACCACGGCUUGGGUGGCCGGAAGCAGCGCUACAACAAAGAGCAGUUCCUGCAGGCCAACUUUCAGUUCGUCAUCAGAUCGGGAGCAAAGGCUCAGGUUUAUGGCUCGCCGGAUGCACUCAUCGAUUGGAGCUACAUCGAGCAGAUCAACAUACAGACCACUGAGGAGUUGCAGUGCCCCAUCUGCCUGUAUCCGCCUGUGGCUGCCAAGCUCACCAGAUGCGGGCACGCCUACUGUUGGCCCUGCUUGCUGCACUACCUCUCGCUGAGCGACAAGACCUGGCGCAAGUGCCCUAUUUGCUAUGACGCCAUCCACGCGGGAGAUCUAAAGAGCUGCACCAUCGAACAGCAGAGGGAUUUGCAAGUGGGCGAGAGGAUUACCUUCCAGCUGAUGCGGCGCUGCAAGGGCUCCAUGUACAUUGAAAAGCAUGUUGCAGGACUGGGCGAAACUAUUGAACGUUUCCCCUUUGUGUCCGCUGGUGAAGAGGCUAAACGCUACUCCAAGUUUCUAAUAGCCAAACGCUUGGAUGUAGCCGCCAUCAUCGAGAGGGAGCGUGGCGAACUUUUAGCCGAAUCGGAUAUCUCCUGUCCCGAGGAUGUGUUUAUCCAGCAAGCUCUGGUGAUGCUUCAAGAGCGUGGCGAAAAGUUGGGACUCGAGAAACCUGAUCCCAGAGAGGAGGAAGGGGAAACAGCACCUGUUCUUUGCCUUGAAACCGAGACCAAGAUUGAUAUUGAGAAGCCAGACGAUGCCUCCAUCUCAUCGGGAGAGGCAUCCAGCAGCCUUAGCUGCUCCUCGAGCAACCAUAAUAAAUACUAUUAUUUCUACCAGUCAACCGACGGACAGAACAUUUACUUGCAUCCCCUAAACGUGAAGAUGCUUCAGGCCUGCUAUGGCACCUUGGAUUUGGGUCCGCUACUCAUCGAAGCACAAAUCGUGCAGAUGGAACAGCACUCCAUGGAUGAGGAGCACCGUCGCAAGUUCACUUGUCUUGGUCACUUGCCUUUGACUUGUCAGUUUUCGGUUGUGGAAGUCGAACUGCAGCCACCAAUUGUCUCUGGCGGAAUACUCAAGCUCUUUAAAGAGGACAUUCUUCAUCGCAAGAAGGAGCGACAGCGUCGGGAUCGUGAGGAGCGCAAGCGUGAGCAGCACAUCAACGAGAUAAAUGACCGCCAGAUGGGCAAACUUAUUGCCAGUGCAGCCAAUCUUGACUUAAGCUCCUCCCAUGAGUUUCCCACUUGCGGCUUCGAGGAGGCUUUGCCCACUCCCAGUGGCUCUGUGCCCAUGACCAUCAGCAACCAGGAACGUAGUUCACGCUACUCCAGCGUCACUCUGGGCAGUCCCCAGCAGGAGUUAUGGCCCACUAUCGGAAGUAAUUCUCCUGGAGGUGGAGCCACAGCAUUGGAUAUUCAGGUGGGAGCCUGGGGUCGCUCAGCUCCACCGCCGCCACGAGCUGUUAUGGUCCCUAGAGCGAGUGAUGAGGAUUUUGAGCAGCGAUCUGUGGGUCACUGGGGACUGGGAGAACUUCUAGUUGGAGCCUUGGACCAGAAGAAGCAAAAGGUAGGAGCAGCAAAAACCAAUGGAGCAACUCCUGCGGAAUCCAAGAAGCAAAAGAAAGCCAAGGGAAAGAAGAUGGUUCCCCUGUUCGCCACGGGCAUGAACAGAGCUCCAUGAAGAGGAUCGCUUAUAAAGUUACAAGAUUUAUUGUAUUUUUGUUUUUAUGCGAAUAUUUCAACGUUAUUUUAAAUAA